UGAAAAUUUAAUAACUGGAAGAUUAAUUUGUUUCUUAUUUCCUAUAGUUUUUUUUAAACAAAUUCAAACAUUUUUAAAUUUCUGAGUGAGUAUCAACCCAAUUAACUAGUUUGUUGUUCUGACUAAAUAAUGCACAGAGUCCAAAUUGAUAGAAGUAAUUAAUUGGCUCUGUGGUAAUAUGUUUACUGUGAUUUAAACAAAAUAUCUAGUUUUUUUUUCCAUUGUAGCUGCGCCAAUGUAUAUAUUAGAAAAAUUAAAUGAUAACUAUUGUUGUUUAAUGUAAACAUAAAACGGUAAACAAUUUAAAAAAAAAAAUAAUAGAAUUCCUAAGUAAUGAUCAAAUGUUGACUAAAGUGUUAUCAUCUAAUCGUUAUCAGAAAAACUGAAGUUUAUUGUUAUCAGUCUUGUGCGCGGUGUAUCAGUCGACGGACGUCUUUAACGAUCGUUAUUUUAAACUGGAUACAUUUUGGAGAACGAAAGGAAUAAAUCGACCAGCGGGAAUCCCGGAUGAACGUUCAGGUAUACGCACGAUUUUUCUGGAAAAAAUAGAAUUUUCAUUUGUUUACAACGGAUAAUUAGAAAACACAUGUACGAAUACAGUGUCCUUGUGCGGUAGGUGAGCAGUAACCACCAUCGGGUUUUCGCGGUUGUUGUCCGUUGUUCAGUGCUGCCAACGGACAAACGUUGCGUACCGGUGUGGCUUUUGGCUACAGUCGACACCGAAAGUCGUUCUUUUCGGUCGAAUACGUUACAGUGCGGUUACCAAUCCGGCCGCGUAUUCAUACGCCGCGUUGAUAACGCCAUCGCUUUGUUUACGUUCGCCGAUAUCAGUUUUUCGGUAUUGAUAAAAAAAAAAUAAAAAUAAUAAAUUAAGAUUACGAAUGUUAACUCAAUACAUGCUCAUUUUAUAUUAAUAUGAAUUGUAUAUUUAAUAUUUUAACGUCCAAAUACGAGAUUAAUGACAUGUGUACGCAGCAUUAACGCUAGUGCAAAGAUUUAUUGCAAUUUUCCGUUGUGUCAUUAUCGUUACACAACCAUUGCGCGUGUCGGUCGAUGCUGUGUACCCGAAAACCAAACUACAACGACUGUCGAAAGUGGUGAAAAUAGUGAAGGGAGCAGUACGUCGUGUGAGCAGUGGGCACGGCGACGGCGGCGCAGUUUCAACGUUCAGUAAGUAAUAUGUUUCCUUUUUUUUUUUGGGUAAUGCUUUGUGUCUAUGCACCACUGUCCGUUAUACAGUAGCCCGUCGGUUGUAUGGUGCCCACGGCCGUUUGUUUACCUUUUCGAUAUCUAUUUAAUCGUGUAUCAGACCUCGAUUGGUCAUUUUUAUUUUAAGUAUUAUAUUUCAAUAUCAGUUCAGUGAUCAUCCAUUUAUGCAUUUGUUUAUGUAUGAUAUCGCAUGCUAUAGUGAUAGUAACUAUAACUUUAAUAUUAAUUCUGUCAUUAUACAUUUACAGAGAGCGGAAUGAGGUAACCCUUGAAAUAAUUAAACAGCAAAAGCAAUGCAGAAUGUAUUUCCCCGGGACAUGUUUACAAUUGGUUCAUUUGACAGCAGUGUUAAAUGCAACGGACAUGUUCAAUUGCCUGGACGAACACCUAAAAAAGACCGCAAGGGGUGUAAAAAAGAAAAAAUUGAAACUGUGUUAAAGAACCGGUUGAUUUCAUCAUCAAAAACCAAAACACCCACUGUUAAACUUUCAAAAAUUAAUGUAAAAUCUAAAAAUCAACUAACCAAGUCGGAAUCAGAAGAGUUUAAUAUGACAGUAGAUUCUGUGGUAACUAAACCUAUUACCAACGAUGAUGUAGCUAUAUUUCCAGAUAUUUUGUUUAAUAACAUUAAUAGUCUUGUUAAUAACCAAAUUGUUAAUCUUAAUAACCAAAUUGUUAAUAACAUUAAUAAUCAGAUUGUUAAUAAUAUUAAUAACCAAAUUGUUAAUAAUGUAAUAUGUCCAAUAUCAACUCCACCUCAGCAACCACCAUCAACACCAUCACCACCACCACCACCAGAACCAUCACCACCACCACCGCCACCUCCCCCAUUACCACAGUCACCACCACCGCCACCAACACCACCACCACCACCACCACCACUUCCUGUCGAUAUCCCAGAACAAGAGGUGGAAAUUUGUUUGUCUACUGAGGUAGAGCCGUUGCCAAAAAAGCCAAAAGCUAAAAAAAAAUAUAAAAGUAGAGCUGACAAAAUUGGUUUGAGUGGAAAUAAAAAAUCUGAUAAAGUAGAUCCUCCAUGCGUGAACGACAAGAACCAGUUGAGUUGUAAUGUAAUUACUAUUCCACCUAAAAGAAAGUACGCCAAAUUAACCAAUUGGCAAAAAGAUUGUGGUACCAGACAUGAAACAUUGCAAAGGAUGUUAAUGGAAUGUGAAAAUGAAGCCAAAUUGAGGGAAGACCUCUAUCCUUUAGGCAAGUCAAUUAUUAAUAAUACUAAAAUAUAAUAACUAUUUAGGUAGAUUUAAACAUUAUAUAUUUUACUUUUGUUUAUUUAAAUGCAAAUAUUUGGUUGUUAUAGAUUUAGUAUCAUAUGAUGUUGAGGAUGCUGAUAAUCCAUUGAGUUUAGAAUUUGAGGAUGCACCGUAUCAAAGAUUUUGGUUACCUUCUGAUCGAAUUGACUCUACUGAUCGAGAUGCCAAAAUAAACAACCUACGAUCAGAACUUCGACGAAAGUUUCACCAACUAUCUAACCUUCCUGACAAUUCGCCAUCGCCUGAUUUAGUAUUAGCACUGACAGAUGCUGUGCGGUAUAAUCCAAUUUGUAUUUCCAAAUUAGAAAGUCAAGAUUCAUCUAAACUUAAAACUAAACCCAAGAGGUUUGUUAAUAAAUUAUAGAUAAUUGAUAAAUGAUUAAUAAUUCUUUGUUAUAUAUUUAACAUACGAAUAAUCAGUGAAAACUCAAAUAUUCUUCACCAAUUAAAAUAUUUAUUUUUGGUUUCAGAAAUAGCGGUAUAACUCUAGUACAGCAAAAGUGCUGUUUAGAAAUAUGUAACUCCCCAGCUAUACCAUGUACCCGUCAUUGUUUUAAACACAUCUUACGAAAUGUCGAUCAACUCCUUUUCGAACACUGUUCUGCGCGAACUAUUCAUGGUCCAUGUACCAAUGCUGUGUUUAAUAUUCAUAACGUACAACCUUUAUGCUUUGAACAUUUGUACUGUACUGAAAAAAUUGUUCAGGUGAGUUCAAAAUCAGUUAUUAAUUGUUUAAGUUUAAUGAAUUAAUUAUGUUUAUAAUUUAUUCUAGGCUGAGGAAGUGCCUACAGUUAAGUCUAAAUCACGUAAAAGGCCAAAGAAUUCUCUGUUUAAUAAAGUGACGAAGCGCAGUAAAAAGAAAAAAACCCUGUCAGCUACAUACCCUCCUCUUGAACCCCCACCCUAUACAGAGACAAUCGUACCUAAUACUAUCGAGCCAAUUACGUGUACCAAUGAUCUGCCUCAAAAUAUUAGCAAUUGUGAUGUCACUUCACUGUAUUCGUCUGUCGCUAAUCCUGAUAUUUAUCUUCAUCCUGGUAAAAUUGAAUUUUAUAAAAUUUGAAACGUUUUAAUUGAUAAUGUCAAACAUAACAAUUUGUUGAAACUAAUAUAUUUUAUUUAAAACAGUUGGCAAUACAAUUAUAACCAAUGAGGUUGAAGUUGGUGAUGAAGUACUUGCAGACUUAGAAGCAGCUGAUUUAGCAAGUCAUGAAUCACGACUAUUAGACGAUCAUGAUGAUAUUACCAGCGUUUUCAGUCAAAUACCCGUAGAUGCUUUCAACGAUCUCUUUACUGGUAAAUAUUAUUUUGUUUAUUGUGUUAAACAUGUUUUAUAAUUUUUUUCCCCUCUUUUUAGUCGAUAAAAAUGGACAGUAUGUGCCUUCCCGUGAAGAAACUGAGGAAUUAGAACGGGCAUUAGAAGCUGUUGACAUGGAUGUCCGGUCACUAGAGAGAUUGUCACAAACUCACUUGGCCCAUAUGUCCUUAGAUCCAGCCUCACUAUUAGCAGAUUUACCGAUACCUCCUUUUUCCAGCUCAUAGCGAAUUCGAGAUAUUAACAAAUUUAAGGUAAAUUUCGGGACUAAAAAAUUAAUCAUUGGGUAUAAAUAAGCAUAAAUAAAUUCUUACCAGAAUUAAAGAAUUGAUAUUCAUAUUGUCUCCUUUUCUGGAAUUUAUUCAUUUACAAUUCCUGCAUAAUAUUAAUCGUCUAUUUGAUUACAAUUUUCUAUUUAUUCAAUAUAGAAUAAUAAUGCAUUUUAUAAUAUUUAUAAAAUGUCUAGGCCAAAUAUAUUUGUAUACGUGUUUAAAAAUGUGCAUUUAGUAUAAUAAAAUUCCUGCCUAUCUAUAAAGCAAUUAAUACAUUCUAUAUAAAUACAAUAAAUAAUUAUAUAUUACCUAUAUCUAUAUCUAUAUUUUAAAAUAGCUCUUCUGUCUACAGACAAAUAAUAGAUUCCUUUAAUUAUUAUAGAUAUUAAAUUUUUAAACCAUAAAGUUAUAAAUAUAGCUAUAAUUUUAAAUUCAGAUUUUCAUUAUGAACUAAUUUAUUUUCUCGUAUACUGAUAGCUUGUUAUUAUUUUGCAUAUUUUUUCAAGCUUUAUAUAGGCCAAUGUAUGCAUUCAACAAGGAAUUAAAUUUAAAUUUUUUUUACCUAAUUCCAAUUACCAAUUAGUGCCUUCAUGUUGUACAUCCUGGAGCAAAAGUAUUUUGUCUAUUCAUUGAAAGUAUGAUCAUGUUUUGAUAUGGUAGUUGGCUUUUUAACAACUGCAGAUUGUUCUUGCAUCUCCAUCAAGUGUUUUGUACUCUCAGCAUGGCUUUCGGCUGCUUAGAGAAACUGCAUAUUCAUGUUUAUCAUAAGUGAUUAACUGCAUUUUUGAUUUACUGUCUUCAUUCAAAUUUCACUUUUAGCUUUGUGUUUACUAAGUUUCUUUUGACCAAAGCUUGAAUUAUUUUUUAUGGCUAAAUCAAUUCAAAUUAAAUUGUCCUCUUAAUCAGAAACUUAGUAACUCAUUACGCAGGAUAUAAAGACGCAGCAGAAUACUACGCGGAGAGUACAAACACUUGUUGGAGGAAAUUCAGAAAAACUAAAAGUGUUAAGAAGCCAAUUACUCUAUCAAAAUGUGCCCAAAGAUCCGAGAAGCUAUCCAGAUAUUUUUACUCAAUAAUAGAAGUCAUGAGCUACCUUGAUUUGGUUUUAUAUUGCUGAAUUAUAGUUUAAUACGUUUAAAAAAAAAAAAAUUUAAUUAAUUAAUUUUUUUUUAAAUUAUUAUUAUUGUUUAAUGUGUGAUAUUAAGCUUUGAAUUAAAUUUACAACAAUAAAAUUAGUGAAAUUGGAAAAUGAACAGUAUUUAACAAUAAUAUUAUAAAGUAUCAACAUAUAGUUAUUAUAAAUAAAAUACCUCAUACCUGAUAUUUAUUUAUUUUUAAUUUAAAACAAAACAAGUUGUUUUUUUUUUUAAAAAAAUAUAAGAGUUUAAUUACAAAAAAAGUUGUAUUAUGUUAUAGCUAUAGUUUUAAUGGAUCAUUAUAUUUUGAUAUGAAUUUAUACUUUAAUAUAAUUUAAAAUAUUAAAGUUCUUUUAAUAAAUAAUUUAUGUUUCGACAGUUCAAAAAAAAAAAAUAGUUGGAAUUACUAGAUAUGCAAUUAUAUAUUUUUUUUUUCAAUUAUAUAAUUUUUUAUUCAGAAUAUCUUUGAAUUAAAUUUUUACAUUCCUUGUAUUAUAUCAAUUAGGAAGUAAAUUUUUUUUUUUGUUACCAAUAUAUUUGAAUAAUCAAAGAUUUAUAAUUUAUUUUAAUUUUAAAAAAAAUUGCAUUACUUAAAUUAAAUUGUUCUUACAAAAUGUCAACAACUUUUUACUUAAAAUCUAAUUUUUAGUAUUUUGACCAGCUCAUUAUGUGAUAGAUAAUAAAAUUACUGUGUGUGUUUAAUUAACAUUAUACUUUGUACAGACUUUUUUUGUGAUUAUUAAUGUACAUACUAAGUUUAACUACAAAAUAAUUUUAAAUAAUAUUUAUUUUUAUACAUACUUAAUAAUAUUAUUAAUUAUUGUUGUGACUCAAUGUGAAAGUAUUUAUUUAUGCAAUAUAAUGGGUGAUUUAGAUUCAUUCAUUAGUCAUUUAAUUUUAACUAUGACAUAACGGGAAAUAAUUAAUAAAUUAAUCAUUUAAUAAUCAUUAGUAUCAUUAGUAUUAUUAUUACCCUUUAUUAAUAAUUAAACUUUAUCAUUUAAUGUACAUAUCUGAAUGUUCAAUAAUAUUAGAUAAUUGUUGUUAUUGUUAAAUUUUAUACAAUGUGUCAGUUUUACAAACAAUUAUAUUCGACAUAUAUAGUUAAAAAAUUAAUAUUAAAACUAUUUUUAUUACGUUCAGACGAUUGAUGUAAAAUUCAAUUAGUUCAAGUUGUUAAUAUAUAUAUAUAUAUAUAAUAUGUUGUGGGCAUAUAGUUAAAUCCGGCACUUUACUAAAUGCCUAGGCAAAUAGUCAAAGAAUUUAAUUUGUAUGUGAUUUUACUAUCUGUCUAGACAUUUAGUUUAAGUUAUAAUAAUAAAAUUAUAAGAAACUUAUAGUUUAUUUAAUAUCUAUUUUAAGCCAGGCAAGUAAUAAAAUGAAACUUAUUUAUAUUAUUUAAAAAUUAAACUAUAUUUUUUUAUUAUCUAUUCAUUGCUAUUCUAUAUAAAAAUCAUGUAUAAUUUAUUAAUAUGUAAAAUAUGUAGGUAUAUGAAAUAUUUUUCAUUUUUGUGCCCUUAAGUAUUAUUUUUUUGAAAUUUAAAUUAUAUUUAAAUAUAGGUAGUUAUUAAUCGGGUAUGGUCCAAGUAUAAAUAUAGAAUACAAAGUUUUAUUAUAAUUACAAAUGUUUCUUAGUUUUUAAUUACAACUUGUUGUUGCAUAUUAUUGUUUGAUGGCAUUUUUUGGAACCUUAAACAUUUUUUUUCAAAACACAAACUCUGACUGUUUUAACAUUGCCGUUUUUCUGUUUGACAAUGACAAUUAACUAAACCUCGGUUGUUGAAAUUUGAUAAGUUUGCUACAGCUUCAUUAUAGAUACAAAUUUGCCUUUGAGUAUCUGCUAUCUUUUAAACCAUUAUUUGAGACCAUAGAUGUAUAGAUUAGGUUCUCAUAUGAAAAUAUAUUACCUUUUAAAAGUAUAAACCUACUAAAGUUAUAUUUUUACAUUGUUGGAAAAAAUAAUUAAUAGGAAAAUAUAGUUUAUUUAUUUAUUUUAAAAUAAUAUACAAACAUUUUAUUUUUAUUAUUUGCCUGGCUUGAAAUAGAAAUGUUUUAAAAUUAUUGUUUUUAACAUCAACUACAGAAAUAUAUAUUUAGUUAAAUGUCCAGGCAACUACAUGACUAAGCAUUUAAUUAAAUUCUUUGACAAUUUACCUAGUCUUAUAUAUGUACAUAUUAAUAAAAUAAAUUAAAUUUUAAGUAAUUUUAAAUUGUUUAGUUAAAAUUAUUAUGUUUUAAUGGAUUAUACAGUGUUUGAUGUAUUAAUAAGUUUUCAACUAUUUUUUGUAAUUAUUGUUAAAUUAUUCUGUACAGUACUUAGUUUUAGUAGUUUCAAUUAUUUUCAAUUUGAAAAAAAUUGAUUUAUUUAUUAAACUUAAAAUACGCUAUUAUUCAUCUAGUAAAAAAUAAAUCCCAAUGUUUUUAAUUUUUAAAUAUUCCGUUUAAUAAUAAUGAAAUAUUAUUAUUUGCAUUUAACAUAAAUAAAAAUAAGUAUUUGUAUUUUUACGGGCAUUGGAAAUGUGCAUAUCUAAAUUUUCAUAUCACGCAAAUAACAAAAUUGUUGGUAACUUAACUGCAGUUAACAAUAAAUAGUAUUAGGAAACAAUUAUAAUUAAAUUACUUAUUACACAUUUUAAAUAUAAUUUGCCUUAUUAGGUAAUAUAUAAUAUCUUUUUUAAAUAAUAUUUUUUAUUUUUCACAUUAAACUGUUUAAAUAUUUAAAUUUUCAUGUAUUGUUUCAGAUAAGAGACUUAAACAAGUGCACAGAUUAGUGAGAAGUGAAUAUUAAAAAUAAUUUAAUGUUAACAUAAUAUUAAAAAAAAACAAAAAAAAAAAAAAUAGUUAUUCAUUUAAUAUGACCACAAUAUGUUGGUUGUACACAGGUGUUGUUAAUCGUUUACACACUUUUAAAUAAAUAUUAAAACAAUGGUCAGCUGGUGGUAAGUUUGAGCAAUACUUAAUCGAUAUUUAAUAUUGUAAUUGAGAACGAGGCUGCUAAAAAAAAAAAAAAAGCUUAGUAGAGCACAAUACUAAAUUGCGGUGUUAUUUAUUAUACAUUUUUUUUUUAAUCUAUAAACUUUUUAAUAUAAUUAUUUACUAGGAAUAUUAUAUAACUUGUGUUCUUACAAAGUGUAUUUUCUAAACGUUUGUAAAUUACCUUGGGUUGACAAGGUGUUUUUUUUUUCUGUUCUACAACGACAAUAUUUCUAAAGACUACUAAAAACAAAAUAUUAUCUGCCACAAGCAUUUUGUUGAGUUAACAUUGUAUAAUUUCUUUAAUGUGUAACGUAUAACAAAACAUAGUAUAUUAAUUAUAUUACUAGUUGCACAUUCCACUUGCGACUGUAAUUUUUUUUUAUAUUAUAAACCUACCUAUACUAUACAAUAUCAAUACUUAAAAUAACAUCAUGUAUUACUAUUAUAAUUAUUUAUUUUUUGUAUUGUAUAAAUGAAGACUACCUAUAUUCUUCCAUAAUUAUGUGUAAAUAAUGGAACGUGGUAUUUUUUUGCAUUUUAUUUUCUUCAUAUAUAAUGUUGUUUUUUUUUUUUUUUUUGUACAAUUGUGAACAAAAUAUAUCUUAACUAGUAGGUUAUAACUAAAUAUAAUAAUAAUAAUUUUUAUUUGUAAUAUGUAUGUAUAAAAAAAUGAAAUACACAAAAACCUCCCAAAAAAUAUCAUUUUAAUAUUAUUACGGUAUAUAACAUGAAAAAACAAAAUGUAAUAAUCCUCCAUCAGUGCACUAGCGGUCAGACUUAUCAUCACAGUUCCUUGAAAUAUUUGUAAGCGAUUGAAAAAUCUCGGUCAGCCCAACCUUUUUUUGAUAUCUCUUCAUACAGCUCAACGGUUUCCCGCGUUAGUAGUGUUGUAGCUCCAACUUCUUUAGCCAGCGAUUCACCCAGGCGCAUGUCUUUCAACAGCAGGGCCGCUUUGAAACCUUUCUGAAAGU